AAAAACCAACCAGCUGCGGACUCCAAAGCAGAAAGUCAGCUCAGCGUAGGAAAGUGGAAGUUGGAUUCCGAAGGCUCCAGGCGUCCCGGGGAGUUUCAUAGUCGUGGGCUUUACAGACUCAACUGGAGGUUCUAGUGGAUUUUGCCUGUUGCUUCUCCCUGUCUCCCACACUCCAAGAUGAAUGUGCAGGCCUGCUCUAGGUGUGGCUAUGGGGUUUACCCUGCUGAGAAGAUCAGCUGCAUAGACCAGACAUGGCACAAAGCAUGUUUUCACUGUGAAGUCUGCAAGAUGAUGCUUUCUGUUAAUAACUUCGUGAGUCACCAGAAAAGGCCGUACUGUCACGCCCACAACCCUAAGAACAACACGUUCACUAGUGUCUACCACGCACCCUUAAAUCUAACCUUGAAGAAGUCUGUGGCGGCCAUGGGAGGGAUCGACAGCAAAGAUGGCGAGCCGUUUAAAUCUGUUCUCCAUUGGGACAUGAAGUCCAAAGCUGGAGCAGGGGCAGCUAGCCGGCUGAUGAAUGAGAGAGACUACUGGCCAGGGUAUGCAGAAGGGAACACUUGGUGUCCAGGAGCUCUGCCGGACCCUGAGAUUGUAAGGAUGGUUGAAGCUCGACAGUCUCUCGGUGAGGGGUACACAGAAGACAGUGAACAACAGCAGGGCAAGGGGAGCUUCCCAGCCAUGAUCACCCCUGCCUACCAAAGGGCCAAGGCAGCCAACCAGCUGGCCAGCCAGGUGCAAUACAAGAGAGGCCACGAUGAGCGGGUCUCCACGUUCACUCCGGUGGCGGACACGCCCGAGCUGCUCCGGGCCAAGGCUGGGGGACAGCUUCAAAAUGACGUGAGGUACACGGAAGACGGUGGGCAGCAGAGAGGGAAAGGCAGUUUUCCUGCUAUGAUCACACCAGCUUAUCAGAUAGCCAAACGGGCCUCUGAGCUGGCGAGCGAUGUGAGGUACCAUCAACAAUAUCAUAGAGAAAUGAAGGGAGUGGCUAGUCCUGUUGGAGCUGAGGGCGGGAUGACAAAGGACUCUGUAGACCGAUGUGGCCAGGUUUACUCAGAAGAGUGUGAUGAACCCAGGGGAAAGGGCAGCUUCCCGGCCAUGAUCACCCCAGCGUAUCAGAAUGCCAAGAAGGCCAAUGAACUUGUUAGUGACAUAAAAUACCGGCAGGACUUCCAUAAGAUGAAAGGUGCAGCACAUUUUCACUCCCUUGCAGCCCAGGACAACUUGGUUCUUAAGCGAGCUCAGAGUGUGAGCAAGCUUGUGAGUGAGGUGGAGUACAAGAAGGGCCUGGAGAAUAGUAAAGGUCACAGUAUCAACUACUGUGAGACACCCCAGUUCAGGAAUGUGAGCAAGAUCUCAAAAUUCACCAGUGAUAAUAAAUAUAAAGAAAAUUAUCAGACCCAGCUGAGAGGCCACUAUGAUGGAGUCGGCAUGGACAGACGCAUGCUCCACGCUCUCAAAGUUGGCAGCCUGGCUAGCAAUGUUGCCUACAAGGCUGAUUAUAAACAUGAUGUUGUGGAUUACAACUACCCUGCCACUGUCACUCCAUUCUACCAAACGACAAUGAAGCUGGUUCCCCUGAAGGAUGUCAACUACAGGCAGAGCAUUGACAGACUGAAGUUCAGCUCGGUGACAAACACACCACAGAUUGUUCAAGCUAAGAUCAAUGCCCAGCAGCUGAGCCAUGUGAAUUACAGAGCUGACUACGAGAGAAACAAGCUGAACUACACAUUGCCCCAGGACGCCCCUCAGCUGCUGAAGGCCAAGACCAAUGCAGAACUGUUCAGCGAGGUGAAGUACAAAGAAGGCUGGCAGAAGACAAAGGGGAAAGGCUUUGAGAUGAAGCUGGACGCCAUGUCUCUGUUGGCUGCCAAAGCCUCGGGGGAGCUUGCUAGCAGCGUUAAAUACAAAGAAGAAUAUGAGAAAACGAAGGGCAGAGCCCUGGGAGCCACAGACUCUAAGCUUCUGCAUUCUCUGCAGGUGGCCAAGAUGAGCAGCGAGGUUGAAUAUAAGAAAGGGUUUGAGGAGAGUAAAACACACUUUCACCUGCCCAUGGACAUGGUGAACCUCAGGCACGCUAAGAAGGCCCAAGCUCUCGCCAGUGACCUCGACUACAGAAAGAAACUGCAUGACUAUACAGUGCUGCCUGAAGAUAUGAAAACUCAGUGGGCCAAGAAAGCCUAUGGACUGCAGAGCGAGCUGCGGUACAAAGCUGACCUGGCAUGGAUGAGGGGAGUCGGGUGGCUGACAGAGGGGAGUCUCAACCUGGAACAGGCGAAGAAGGCUGGACAGCUCGUCAGCGAGAAAAACUACCGGCAGAGGGUGGACGAGUUGAAGUUCACUAGUGUGGCUGACAGCUCCCAGUUGGAGCAUGCCAAGAAGAGCCAGGGGCUGCAGAAUGCGGUGGCCUACAAGGCAGGAAACGAGCAAUCCGUCCAUCAGUACACCAUCAGCAAAGACGAGCCUUUCUUCUUACGAGCCCGGGCCAAUGCCGCUCAACUCAGUGAGACCCUGUACAAGAGCAGCUGGGAAAAGCAGAAGGCUAAAGGGUUUGAGCUGAGGUUUGACUCCUUGACAUUCCUGACAGCCAAAGCCAAGAGAGACCUGGCUAGUGAGAACCAAUACAGGGCAGACAUGAAGUGGAUGAAAGGCACAGGCUGGGUGGCCACUGGGUCAUUACAUGUGGAGCAGGCGAAGAAGGCAGGGGAACUCAUUAGUGAGAAGAAGUACCGUCAGCAUCCAGAUGCUUUGAAGUUCACCAGUAUUAAAGACACUCCGGAGAUGGUCCAGGCCAGGAUUAGUUAUACCCAAGCAGUGGAUAGACUGUACAGGGAACAAGGGGAGAGUAUAAAGCACCACUACACGCAGACUGCAGACUUGCCUGAAGUCCUGCUGGCCAAACUGAACGCCAUGAACAUCAGCGAGACUCGCUAUAAGGAAUCUUGGAGCCGGCUUCGAGAUGGAGGAUAUAAGCUGAGGCUGGAUGCCCUUCCGUUCCAGGCAGCAAAGGCGUCCAGUGAAGUUAUAAGUGACUACAAAUACAAAGAAGCAUUUGAGAGAAUGAAAGGCCAGAUGCUCGGCUCCCGGAGCUUGGAAGAUGACCUCAGCCUUGCUCAUUCAGUGCACGCGACCUCGUUGCAGAGUGAUGUGAAUUAUAAGAAAGGCUUUGAACACUCAAAGGCUCACUUCCAUCUGCCGCUGGAUAUGAUAACCUUGGUGCAUGCCAAGAAGGCUCAGACCCUGGCCAGCAACCAGGACUACAGACAUCCGCUCCCCCAACACACAGCCUUGGCAGAAGACCUGAGGCUGAGCUGUGCCAAGAAAGCUCACAAGUUACAGAGUGAGAGUCUGUACCGCUCGGACUUGAACUUCAUGCGUGGUAUUCCCUGUGUCAUUCCUGGAGCGCUGGAGAUUGAAGGAAGAAAGAAAGCCUCUGAGCUCAUCAGCGAGAGUAAAUACCGCCAGCAUCCUGGGUCAUUCAAGUACACAGCUGUGACAGACACCCCCAACCUCCUGCAUGCCAAGUUCAGCAACCAGAUCACCAAUGAGCGUCUCUAUAAAGCAGCUGGCGAGGACGCACGACACCAGUACACGAUGACCCUUGGUCUGCCUGAGUUCAUCCGAGCCAAAACGAACGCAGCCAACCUGAGCGAGGCAAAAUACAAGGAGGCUUGGCAUAAUCUUCGUGCUCAAGGCUACAAGCUGACAAUAGACGCCCUCCCCUUCCAGGCUGCGCGGGCCUCUGGAGACAUAGCCAGUGACUUUCUCUAUAGGCAUGAGUUUGUGAAGGAGCGUGGACAGCUCAUUGGGGUGCGGAGUGUGAGUGAUGACCCGAGGCUACGGCACUGCCAGCGGAUGGGCCAGCUGCAGAGUGAGAAUGAGUACAGGAAGGAGGCGGCCAGCAGCCAAGCUCAGUACCACCUGCCCAUGGAUAUGGUGCACCUGGUCCACGCCAGGAAGGCCCAGGCCCUAGCCAGUGACCAUGACUACCGGACACAGUGCCAUGAGUUUACCUCCCUGCCCGAGGAUCUGAAGAUGGCCUGGGCCAAGAAAGCACACGCCCUGCAGAGUGAGUUUCGCUACAAGGCAGACUUGAUGGGCAUGAAGGGGACAGGAUGGCUGGCUCUGCAAUCUCCUCAGAUAGAGAGUGCAAAGAAGGCUGGCGAGCUCAUCAGUGAGACCAAGUACCGUAAAAAACCAGACAGCAUCAAGUUCACUACGGUGGUUGACUCUCCAGACCUCAUACAUGCCAAGGAGAGCUACGUGCACUGUAACGAGCGCUUGUACAGGUUGGGAGAUGCAGACUCCCUGCAUAGGUACACCCCAAUCCCAGACCACCCGGAUUUCACCCGAGCCCGCAUGAAUGCAAUGCAUCUGAGUGACAAAGUCUACAGAAAUGCCUGGGAGCAGAACCGGGCUGGCGGCUAUGACUUCAGGCUGGAUGCUAUCCCAUUCCAGACUGCACGGGCGUCCAGGGAUAUUGCCAGUGAUUUCCGGUACAAAGAGGCAUUUCUUAGGGACCGGGGCCUACAGAUUGGGUAUCGCAGCAUCAAUGAUGACCCGAGGAUGAUGCACUUCCUUCGAGUGGGCCGGCUCCAGAGUGACAACGAGUACAGGAAGGACUUUGCCAAAGGUCGCUCCCAGUUCCACAGUCGCGCUGACCAACCGGGCUUCCUUCAGGCCAAGAGGAGCCAGCAGCUGGCCAGCGAUGUCCUCUAUAGGCAGCCACUGCCUCAGCACACCAGCGACCCAGAGCAGCUGGGCCUGAAGCAUGCCCGGGAAGCGCAUCAGCUGCAGAGUGAUGUCAAGUACAAAUCUGACUUGAACCUGACUCGAGGUGUUGGCUGGACCCCUCCUGGCUCCUACAAAGUGGAAAUGGCUCGACGGGCUGCAGAACUGGCCAACAGGAGGGGCCCGGGGAUCCAGGGGGCUUCUGUGGAGCCAGAGGCUGCGGCGCUUGGAGAUCAUCAGAGCAGGGGGGUGAACCCGGAUGCCUCAGAGAUCCUGCAUAUCAACAGGAAGAAGACUCUGCUGAUGUGAGCCUCCUUGAGAAAGACGCCCCCUUGAGGGCUGCUUGCCAGAGGCACGCCUCUGUGGCUUCAGUCUGGAGCAAGCGUUUAAAAAAAAAAAAAAAAAAAAAA